AUGCAAAUCAUAUCAUCGGAAACAGCGAUUCAGGUAGCUUUUCUAGCCCUAACCCUAGCAAUCUUCUUCGUCAUCUACAAACUUCCGAAAAAAGCCUUCUCGAAGCUUCGAUCGAACAACCGCGCCGCCUCCCAAUCAAGCCACCACUUCCUCAACGGCGCUCAACUCCUCAGCCGCGCUAGAUCGGCGCGCAACCGCGCCACAGCCGAAUCCUUCGCCAAAGACGCCAUCGCAGAAGCUGACCGCGCAAUCUCUCUCCUCCCGCGCGACGCCGCCGCGCUGAUUCUUCGCGCCUUAGCGCUGGACGUUCUCGGCCGCCGUACUUCGGCGCUCCGAUCAAUCGACGCCGCGAUCUCACCGCCGGCGGUGAAGUCGCUGUUAGGGAGAGAAAAAGGAGAUGCGCUGGUGAAGCGAGCCGAGUUACAAUUGGCGGUGAAUCGGCGGCGAAGAGUUGACUCGGCUUUAUCGGACCUUGUUGAAGCGAUGAGUCUGACUCGGGAUAAUCCAAAGGGGUUUUGUUUAUUGGGCCAGUGUUAUGAGAUUAAAGGGAUGAAAGAUGAGGCUUGUGAGGCCUUUCGCGAAGCCCUAAAGAUUGAGCCCGAGUCCACUCAGGCCCGUCAAUGUUUGGCCCGACUGAAUUCAUCAACAUGA